AAUUGAAUAGGGCCUCCGAUCGGUUGGAUACGCCUACCAAUGAUCCGGUCAGUCGGUUCUCCGGCUCACCAGCUAAAUUGGCUAAUAGUCCAGUUGCCUCGAAGUCUACGAGCCGCGACCCUGUAACACCAUGCUCGUCGCCAGAUCCAGCCAGCUUGCAGGCAUUUGCCCUCGCACAAGAUGUUACUGUCCAACCCGCCCUUUUUGGUGGCCUGACCACUCGGCUAGUUCAGGAGAUCCACGACGAGUUCCUUGUGUGCAAGAUUUGCUACGAGUCUUACACGAAUCCCAAAUGCCUUUCCUGCAUGCACACCUUUUGUGAAGGCUGCAUUGAACGCCACAUCUCAGCUGAGGUGACAUACAACAGACAAACUGAUUACCGAGACUUUACCUGUCCGCUCUGCCGAAAACGUACUCAGUUGCCUCUUGGUGGUAUAAAGCGUCUUACCGACAACUUCCUAAUCUCAGGUCUUAUGGAACUGGUAAGGCGGCAGCGAGCGCUAUCGUCGUCGUCAAUGGUCACGGGCAGUGGGACAAGGCUUUCGCCAUUUUUACCCGGCGACCCUCAUUCCAGUACUCGAGAAACGAAAGAUGUCAGCUCUCAGCGAAGCGUCGAUUCUUCUGAAGCUUGUGACAUAAUUGCUGAUCUUGGCUACUCUCGAAGCCACAAGUCAUCUGGCAGCGGUGCGAGUGGAUUAGCGGGAUCCAGAUCUCUCCCAACUAAUGAUGAAAAUACGGCUUUAGGGCAAUUACGAGGUUCAGGAUUUCGUGGGGUCUACGGUGAGUGUGAGAUAUGUGCCCAAGUGAAUGGCAGUAUUCUGGAGCGGGGACGAUCUACUACACCUGCAGUGCGUUCUCCUGGCCAAAACGGAGCCAACGAUGGAAUACAAACAAGCGUUGGCAUUACUUCCAUUAGGAUAGCUGAUGCAGGUGCCGAUGGAGACACAUGUUUGAGCCCCACUGGACCAACAGGCUCCCUCAACGGAGGUGGUGCCAACCAGCGCGCCAGCUCUGCCCGACUAACCAACACACCAGCGGCAUCAUCAAAAUGUCUGGAUUGCAAUAAACUUCUUUGCCUAGAGUGUGUACGUCGACACCGUGUAACUAGGGUCACUAGGGAACAUGCUAUCUUUGAUAUUUCAGCCGAGAAGGACAUCGCUUGCAAGUCUCACCCGGAUGAGGCAGUCCGGUUUUACUGUGAGCUGUGCCUUGCGCCCAUUUGCGUGCUAUGUACUUUUGAUGAGCAUCGUGAACAUGAGGUGACUAGCUUCGGAGAGGCGAUGACCAAAGCAAGGUCGGAACUGCGGACGAGAGUGGAUGAGGUAGGAAUGCACGUGGAGGUCAGCAAGAGUCGGUUGGGCUCGAUUAUUGAGGCUUCGGACUAUCUCCACAAGUUAGAGCAUCAGAUACACUCCUCGACGGAUGAAUUUGUUGAGCAGCUAUAG